AUGUUCAAUUUAUAAUCAUUUUCGUAAAAUUAUCCAGGGCGAGCGCGACUCUCCAUUUUAUCAAAAAUUGUACGUUACUGAUGCUGAAAUGGUCGCGCAUGGGCGAGAAUACCCGGCUCGAAUCCCAACACUGGUGUCAGAUUGCCAGAUCCGUACAUUGAGCGAAAGCUAAGUCGCAUGCGUAUUCUUUCUUAGCUUGGUAGAUCUCGUGAUUUAUGUGGUGUAUACAUACAGGAUCUCGAUGACGUUUGUACGCGUAUUUUCGCGAACGUGAAGAUAUAAUCACGCGGUUUGUUUAUCGAACGCUAUACUCGUCGAAAAUGUUGAAAUCUCUCCUGUAAGAGAAGUAUAAUCUGAUGUGUUGAGUGACAGUGUGAAACGAAACAAACAGUUGGUUGCGUUGGUUGUGUACGAUCUUUCUCGAACGCAGUGUGUUAUGUAUUAUACGCAGAGGUUCCUGUAGAUAAAUAUUAUAUAUUGCCGCGAGUUAACAAUUGCACAUUUUUCAUUGCUCUUUUUAAUACGUAUCACUUGCGAUUUAUACAUAAACGCACAUACAUAUUCCUUUUUUCUGAUUAAAUUACGAAACACGGAUAGUAGAGGUUAGCGUCUCACAAAUAGUCCAAGGAUUCUCGCAUUGUGUUACAAAUUCUUCGAUCGAUCGAUCUUGAAAUUUGUUUAUUGUAUCGCUGUUUUUCCUGAUAUUCGUGCCAAAAGUGAACGUUACACAACAUAAAUGCUUCUGUGAAAUUCUUCGGAAGCAUUGCUUUGUUCACGACGCACAUUCUAACAAUAAGAUUGAAGAAACGUACUCUUAUCGUGGGGUCAAAUGACAAAUACAAUGGGAGGAACCAAUCUUCACACACCACCUUCCAUAUUUCAAUAUAUGGUGGGCCAGCAAAGCACUUCCCAACAGCCUCCUGGCCAAUGGAUGCAAAUGCCACAAGUCCCUCCAAUGUCAAUACCCUGGAGUGUGCCCUCUCUUCAACAGCAGGAAGUAGUCAAAUUUCAAGAGUCAUUUCUCCAUCAGAAGAGAAAACUCGACACUUCUGAUCUGAUGGAUACGAGGCAAACAAAACAGUUUAUAACAGAAGAGAAAAUGGCUGCACAUUUCAAAGAUUUGCACAUUAGUUCUAAAUAUCAUGGCCAAUCCUCAACAUCUUCAACAACUGAUGCGCAAACAACUAUUCCUAAGGGAUUGCUAGAUCUAGAAAUAGAUGCAGCCAAUACAGAUCAGAUAAAAUCUGGACCUAGAUUGAUUUUGUCUGAAGAAUUGAAGAGAAUCCAACAGGAGCCUAUUCUACCAAAUUCCUUGUUAUCCAAAUUAGAGAGGCCCUCCAUGGCUUUAGUGCUUUGGGAACCACCAAGUCGACAUCUGCGUAUGUUGCCCACAAGGGAUACACCGACUCCGAUUCCUGGCGGGUCUGAUGAUAACAAUAACAGCAAUAGCAACAACAAUAAUAACGAAGAUGUUUCCGACCUGAAUCAAACAUCAUCGAGUAAUUCUUCACUUUUCGAGCCUAUGGAAUUAUGAAGGUAUACUUUCCAAGUGGCUGAGGAGGAUGUCCACUGCUUCCUUUGUGCGACCAGACACUGCUACCAAUCGAGGCAAAUCAUCAGAAGGUGCUCCAUUGUUCACUUUCUCCUUCGUGAACGAUUUCAGCAAAACGUGAACAUUUGCGCCACCGAAACCGAACGAGUUUAUCCCUACGUAGCCACCCUCCCAUGGAGUUGGUUCCGUAACUACUUGAAGUUUUCCUUCCUCGAAACAUUUCACACCGUUCGUUGGACUUGUAAAGUGCAAAUUUGGUGGAAUUAAACCGCUUUCCAUCGCAAUGAUGACCUUGAAA